AUGGCGCGAGCCUCGACAAGACGCAGCACUCGCAUAACCACUCAGCGUCAGCAGAUCGUUUUGUGUAUCCAUCUUGCAAACUCAUCCACUUACCACACAGAACAAACGCCACCCCCAGCCCCCAGACCCACCCGACGUCGAAAAGCGGCCCUCCAGACAGAAUGCAUGACCGACCAGGUCAAACCACCUCGUCGGUCGACCAGAAUCACUCCCACUGAACUUGUUAAACGCGAAUCAGCAUUGGAGCAAAGGGAGGCCGAAUGUAGUCUCCGCAUUGCCGAACUCGACGCCCGUUCUGCUGCCAUCUUCAAACGAGAGCAGGAGGCGGACGCCAUCCUUUCUCAAGCCGCCAUUCGUGAAUCUCAAGCAGUUUUGUCGAUACUUGAAGAGCAUUUUACUUGUCCAUUAUGCUACGAAAUUAUGGCCCAACCCUAUUCGCUCAAUCCCGGCCAAUGCGGUCACACAUUUUGCGCUCUCUGCAUCCUUCGCCAUUUCUUCUCCCGCUUGCAUAAGGCAUGCGGUGGCUGGCACGAGUCAGUCGACUGUCCCAUGUGUCGCAGUCUCCUCGUUAUCACCCCAGAUCGUGUUCCUCGCCUCGAUAUCACAUUCCCAUUCGUCCCAAACCGCACAGCUGCCGUUGCCUGUGAAGCGCUCAUCAAUCAGCUCGCAACUUCCUCCUUUUCGACACCAGUCAUUAAGCGCGAACCCAGUGAAACAUCUUGGUCUAGCGAUAUCAGUGCAGAAUGUCAGUGGGGUCAGAAGAAGGGCAGUAAGACAAAGGAAGAAGAAGAAAUGGAAUUGCAGACCCAGUCGGAUGGUGAAAGUGCAUUAGCGGGUUGGCGUGAAGGUGGACAUUUGAGAACGGAUUGGAUCAGGAAAGACCGGGAGGGCAAACAUGAGAUGGUCAACCUCCUGAGCUGUUGGACCACAAUGCAACCCAAAGAUUUUAUCGAGCUCAAACACAAAUAUGGCGUUUGA